AUAACACACACACACAGAAGUGUGUAAUAUAUACAGAUAUAAAUAAAUCAUACUACUUGUGAGCUAACUAACUGCACAUUGCCAUCUCAACCCCCACACCCACCAUUGUAUAAAUUCCAUUCUCGUGUUCUCGCCUAUUUGUAUACUUGUUGAUAAAGGGGCUGUUUUCAGACAGAACCAUGGCGGCGACCGGACAAAUUUUCUCGAGAACCACUCAGGCACUGUUUUACAAUUACAAGCAACUGCCGAUUCAGCGGAUGCUUGAUUUCGACUUCCUCUGUGGGAGAGAAACACCUUCUGUUGCCGGAAUUAUAAAUCCAGGUUCCGAGGGAUUCCAGAAACUAUUUUUCGGUCAGGAGGAGAUUGCCAUUCCAGUUCACUCUGCCGUUGAAGCUGCUUGUGCAGCACAUCCUACAGCUGAUGUUUUCAUUAACUUUGCCUCAUUCAGAAGUGCUGCUGCUUCAUCAAUGGCAGCUCUGAAGCAGCCAACCAUAAGAGUUGUGGCCAUUAUAGCCGAAGGUGUACCCGAAUCAGACACCAAACAAUUGAUUGCCUAUGCAAAGGCAAACAACAAGGUUUUGAUUGGCCCGGCUACUGUUGGAGGUGUACAAGCUGGAGCUUUCAAGAUUGGUGAUACAGCUGGAACAAUUGAUAACAUAAUUCAAUGCAAGCUUUACAGGCCUGGAUCUGUUGGCUUCGUCUCGAAAUCUGGUGGUAUGUCUAACGAAUUAUAUAACUCAAUUGCUCGGGUUACUGAUGGAAUCUAUGAGGGGAUUGCAAUUGGAGGAGAUGUGUUUCCUGGAUCAACACUAUCCGAUCACGUCCUUCGGUUUAACAAUAUCCCUCAGAUUAAAAUGAUGGUUGUUCUUGGAGAACUUGGUGGGCGUGACGAAUAUUCCCUAGUCGAGGCCCUUAAAACGGGGAAAAUCAACAAGCCCGUUGUUGCAUGGGUCAGUGGAACUUGUGCUACACUUUUCAAGUCUGAAGUACAAUUUGGUCAUGCGGGGGCUAAGAGCGGUGGCGAAAUGGAGUCUGCACAGGCCAAGAACGAAGCACUCAGACAAGCUGGAGCUAUCGUUCCCACUUCUUAUGAAGCAUUCGAAGGAGCAAUAAAAGAAACAUUCUCGAAACUGGUGGAGGGGGGCAAAGUUACAACGGUUAAAGAGGUGAAACCCCCUCAAAUACCAGAGGAUCUGAGCACAGCAAUCAAGAGUGGAAAAGUUCGAGCUCCAACGCAUAUUAUUUCCACAAUAUCUGAUGAUAGGGGUGAAGAGCCAACCUAUGCUGGUGUGCCAAUGUCUUCGAUCGUUGAGCAAGGAUUAGGUGUAGGCGAUGUCAUUUCUUUAUUGUGGUUCAAACGAAGCCUUCCUCAUUAUUGCUCGCGUUUCAUUGAGAUUUGCAUCAUGUUGUGUGCUGACCAUGGUCCCUGUGUAUCUGGUGCUCACAACACCAUUGUAACUGCUAGGGCUGGAAAAGACCUAGUCUCUAGUCUCGUUUCUGGUUUAUUGACAAUUGGUCCUCGAUUCGGUGGGGCCAUUGACGAUGCUGCUCGGUACUUCAAGGAUGCUUAUGACAAGGGUCUUACACCUUAUGAAUUUGUGGAAAGCAUGAAAAAGAAGGGCAUUCGUGUACCUGGUAUCGGACACAGGAUCAAGAGGGGUGACAACAGAGAUAAGAGAGUGGAGUUGUUACAACUAUUUGCACGAUCCAAUUUUCCGUCGGUCAAGUACAUGGAAUAUGCGGUUGAAGUAGAAACAUACACGCUUUCAAAAGCAAACAACCUAGUACUCAAUGUAGAUGGUGCAAUUGGUUCCCUAUUCUUGGAUCUUCUAGCGGGCAGUGGAAUGUUCACUAAACAAGAAAUAGACGAGAUUGUUGGUAUUGGUUAUCUUAACGGUCUCUUUGUGCUUGCACGUUCCAUUGGUCUCAUCGGACACACGUUCGACCAGAAGAGACUGAAGCAACCAUUGUACCGCCAUCCAUGGGAAGAUGUUCUGUACACCAAGUGAAUAAAGAAUUUCUUGCCUUACUCACACAUUGCACAUUUUUGUUCAGUUGCUUUCUUUCUUUCUUUUUCUUCCUCAGUUGUCACUUUGUUUAUUAUGCCUUUCUUUUUUCAAUUGUACUGCCAAAGAAACACAGAUUUGAAAACUUUAGUUUGUGGGUUUUAACAUUUAAUUUAGUCACUCCUUCACAACAAUUA